UCUCUAAACGGAUCAACAACACACGACGUGUUUACAAAUAAUACAAUCCUGUCUCAAUUAAAAUUAAGUCCAUUAUUGAAUUAUUCUUAGUAUAGUUUUGUGUUAAUAAAUAUCUAGUAAAAAAGUUAUUUGCUGUUAAAGUUCUUGUGCUCGUCGCAUGUCCAAACGGUAGCCUAGAUAUCAAAGAAAAGUCCAAAUGGAAGAACAAGACCUUAACUUUAAAAAAGGCAAUCCAGGAGCCGUGCAAUUUGGAAAUUUUAUAAAUUAUUAUCAAUUUCAUCCACCUGAGAAAAGAAUUUCAAUGUUGCCCAAAGACAUUUGGAAUUUUCAAAAUUGUGAUGGUCUCUAUGCCUUAGAUGUUGGAUGUAAUUCUGGUGACCUGACAGCGUCACUUUAUGAAUACCUUUCAAACUUGAUGCAUGGCGAAAAAGUUAACAUAUUGGGCAUAGAUAUAGACCCAAUUUUAAUUCAGAGAGCAUCUGAAAAGAACUCCUCAGAUAACGUAUCUUUUAAAUGUUUCGAUAUCAUGACAGAGGAUAAGGAUUUCGUACAAAAAGAGCUCGAAGUUUUUAAUCGUGAAAAAUUUGACAUUGUUUUCUGUUUUUCUAUUACCAUGUGGAUACACUUGAAUCAUGGCGAUGAAGGCUUAAAAAGAUUUUUAAAAAGAGUUUCAAGUAUAACAAACAUGCUCGUAAUUGAACCGCAGCCAUGGAAAUGUUACAAAACCGCUGUGAAAAGGUAUAAGUUAAGUAAAAACGAAUUUCCGAGGUUUAAAGAGCUCCAAUUUAGGGAAACUAUUGAGACGGAUAUUGAAAGUAUUAUUUUGCUAAAUAGUGAUUUAAAAAAAGUAGAGGAGAGUGAAAGAACGGAAUGGGGAAGAAAAUUGUUGUUUUUUAAGAAAAGCUGAUAUUUGUUCAUGUGACGUAAUUAUUUUAAAUUAGAUGAUUGUCAUAACCUUACUGGUCAUAUCGCAUUUUAAAGUAGAAACGAAAUAAAGGUUUUGAUUGAUAACCAAAGGGUCACCUUUUCCUUAAUUUUUAAGUAAAAAAUAGCAAUACAGUUAUUUUGCUAUGUAGUCUAUUUUAAUAUUUGUGUAAAAUUUUAACCUGUUUGUUUAGUGUCGUUAUUUAUAUAUUCUCAGUUGUGUAUAUAUAUUUUUAUUUUAAAAUAUACAUUUGUUAUUUAGACAAUAUACAUAUAUGUUUUUAAGACAAAA